AUGUCUGCUCCCCUUCGCGGCUCUGGCCGCCCCCGACGCGGCCGCGGCGGCAUCAGCGCCGUCGUGCCAGCUCCCUCUGCGCACGAGACGGAGGAGGUUCGCGGCCUGCGCGCCAAGUUCGGGAGCAAGCUGGCGACGGCAAAGGAGCUCUUCCCCGACUGGACCGACGAGGACAUCCUGUACGCGAUCCAGGAGGCCAACGGCGACCUCGAGGUGACCAUCGUGCGGAUGUCGGAGGGUCUCGCUCAGCAGUGGGGCGCCGUCAAGACCAAGAAGGACAAGAAGGUCGAGAAGGCGGUCGCUGCUCCCCCGACCCCCGCCGCAGCUCCCCUCGCUCAGCGUGGUAGCUUCGUCGGGGCCGGCAGGGGCGGUCGCGGUGGCUUCGGUGCGCGGUACUUUGGCACGCUCUGGGCCGGCAACGAGGCCGUCGCCGCACGGUGCGCCGACGUUUCUCUCUAG